UUAAAACCCGAAGAACUACAAAAACAACAAGCUACAUUACCAGCAAUGCUCAAAUCUAAUACUAAUACUCCACAUAAAGGUGAAAGACAAAAAGAAAUAGUCAAAGGAGUUAUUAAAUGGAUUUUUCUGGAUAAUGAACCUUUAUCACAACAAAAAAGGUUAAAAAAAGCCCAAAUAAGAGGAAUGAAAAGAGAUAUAUUAUUAUCUUUUAGCCCAGUUCAUGCUGAAGCCUAUACUGAAGUUUACUUUAACAAUAAAAAGGUUGGUGAAAUUGAUGAUGAAAGUAAUACAGAAUCAGAAAAACAAUUAAAUAUAAAUAUUAUUCCUAAGCCCCUUCGUCUAAUUAAAGACUGUUCUACACAGUAG